AUGAGUUUAAACGGUCCAAUGAAGACAGUGGCAGAUGCGAAAGUCUCCAUUGACGUUGACGAAGCGGAUAUGUCUGUUCUUGAGGAAAGCCUUUCUUUAACUCAAGAGUUAACCAAUGCUUUGAGUGCAAAACUAUACGCAGUUUCAACUAGCAACGCUUCUGCCAUCAAAUCAAUCAACCCUUUAAUGACCAAGAUUAAUAGACUCAAGCUUCAGCAGAAGAAUUUUCAGGACACUUUCAAGCUUGUGGAAAGCAUUAAAGAUUAUGCCCAAGAUAUCAGCAAAUUAGACAAGUCUAUUAAGACUUUUGGUUCCCUUCAAUCCGCCCCUCAGAUAACAAAUUACUGUCAGAUCAUUGAUAAAUAUCAAUCCAUCCAAAGUGACUUGGAAAGUAGAAAAUUGAAUGAUUUUGAAGGCCUGAAAAAGGGGCUUGAUAAUUCCAUCCGGGACGCUGAGGUCACUCUCAAGUUUGAAUUUAUCAACGGUUUGAAACUACUCAGCAAAAGAUUGAAGAAUAACGACAACACAUAUACUCAAGACGAGAAUGAUAUAAUUUCGCGCCUGAAGAUCAUAUACGGAUACAUGAAGCGCAGCAGAAACAAAAACUUAUUAGACACACUGAUCAAAGAGAGAGCAGAUUUCAAUUUAUCCACGCUUCGAUCUCUGAAUCUAGACCCGCCAGCACUAGUCAAAGAUCAAACUUAUUAUUACGACGGUGAUAAACAUGACAAAUACUUCAUUAAGUUUGCAAAAACUUUGCAAAGUCUUCUCUAUGGAGAACCACAUUUCCUGUCCAAGUUCUUUGACGAUUUCAAUCAAGUGAAUCAGCUCUUGUUUGAGGUCCUUUCCUCUUCGUUGGAGCUUUUUGUCAAGCAAUUCAACAGUUUGUCGAGCUUUGUGGAAAUUCACAAAUCCAGCUAUAAUUCGAUGUACUUUGAGAUCGAUCAUGGGCUUUCUUUAGUUCUUGGUGCUUUCAAAAGAUUAAGUCUUCUGAUUCCUCGUCAGAUAGAGGAUUUAGAAGCUGUAUCACUGUCGCAAUGUCAAUCUGUCUUUUCUGAAAUGUUCAAAUACAUUGACCAACGCUAUUCUGAUAUGGUGGUAGGUGAGAGCGUCAAUGAAACUUUGAAUAACACUUUUAUGUCGCUGAUAUCACGGACCAACAAAUUUAGCGUUUUUCAUGAAUAUCAAUUGAAGGCCAUUGCCAAAAUGUCCAAUGGGAGCUGGCUCCCACAAUCUAAACCUCCAGGAUUUCAAGAGAUUAAGGGGGCGUCAAGUGAUCCAAGUUAUCUUUUAAGUGUCUUUUAUGGGGAUGUCAUUGAAUACAACUUACUUCAAUUGGAGCGGAAGUAUCGAUCCAAAAUGAAUGACGAGGAUUUGGGCAUUCUUCUGCUAUUCAAUCUUGAUGGAUUACAGAAUCUUUUAGAUAAUAGUGGUCAGUUGAAGCAAGUGCUCGGGCGCAAUGGCUUGCAAAGAUUAGACAAAUUAAAGAAGAAAUCGAUGGAGAAAGCCACAGUUGAAUGGACAAGGAUGACUACCAAACUAAUGCAAGCCUCGACAAGACAGGGUGAUUCUUUUAAUCUAAGCCCCAAGGAGUUGGGUAAGCUGAUAGACGAGUUCAACAAGACAUUCGAAGAGAACUUUAAAAAGAUGCAAAAUAAAAAGUUACCUCCUUUCUUCAAAAAACAAUUGAAUCAGGAUAUCAACAAAAUGCUUGUACCUGCAUACAGGGUGUUUUACACUAACUUCACGAACGGUUCAUCCAAGAGUGUUGCCAAGCACUUCAAGUACGAUAUCAACGGCUUACAAAAUAAAAUUGCUAGUUUAGGAUAA